AUGACCCCAGUUUUCAGCCCAGUAAAUGGCAUCAUCAAUCGCCUGGCGGAAGGAAAAAGGGUGCAUCCCAAAGAGAGUAUGCGCCAUGAAUCGCUACGUCUAUGCACGUUCCGUACUUACCCAACAUAUGGGAAACCUUCAUGUAUAAAACUUGCCAAGGCUGGGUUUUAUUAUGCCAGUCAAGGCGAUGAAGUUAUAUGCUAUUGCUGCGCCAAACGCAUCAGUAACUGGAACGAAAAGGACGAUCCUAUGCGCGCACACAGACUGGUAUCACCUAGCUGUCCUUUCUUGAUAGGAAAUUCCGAGGUCAACGAACCAGUCACAAACGAUAGCAUCGAAAGUUCUAACCCACGACUGAACCGGAUACUGCAAUCACUGGAUACAUCAGACGAGCAAUCCGAUAGAGAAGAAAGAAAUAGCGGUCCAGCAGCAAAUGAAGAAUUUUCUCCGUUAUGUUCGUCUAAUUUAAACUCAGCUCAGAAUGGUGCAAAGCUUGUUAUCGAGACCAAGAACCUGCUGGAGGAAAACCACGGGCCAUUGAUGACCGAGGAAAAUUAG